AUGAUAGAGAUAUCAAAACGGCGUCGCCGCAAAUUUUGUUGUGAUUUAACAUUAAAAGAAUGUAUUGAAUGUGGUUCUAGUCUUCUUCUUCCUCUCAUGUUGGGAGUUUUUACGAUUGUUAUUACUUUACAUCAAACCAAUGUAGCAGGACAACAACGACUUGAAGAUCGACACAUAGCAAAAGAAGAACGACAACAAGAUUUAAAUAUUUCAGCCCAACAAAGACUUGACGAUCGAAAACAAGCUGAAGAACAACGACAACUUGAUAAAAAAAUUUCUCAAGAUCAAUUCAAAUUAAAUGAAGAACAACGUCAACAUGAAGUGAAUAUUGCAUACAUGCAAUAUCGAGAUAAUUUAUUAAUAGAUUAUAUUAAAGAUAUUGGUGUUUUACUCAAAGAAAAUAAUGGAAGUUUAACAAAUGAUUAUGUUACAAAAACUAUUGUUCGUGCAAAGACUUUGGCUAUUAUUCGACAAUUGGAUCCUAUUCGAAAUGUUGAAUUAAUUCGAUUUUUAUACGAAGCUGGACAAUUAACAAGAAAUCGUAAUCCUUUAGACUUAUCAACGGCUCAAUUACAAAAUAUCGAUUUUCGUAAUGCCUUAUAUUGGAAUAUGCCUGGUCUUUCGUUAGUUGGAACGCAUUUAUUCAAUGCAUCAUUUGCCUAUAAUACUUUAGUCGAUGUUGAUUUUCGCCGUAGUAACUUAACAGGAGUUAAUUUUACUAUGACUUCACUCCGUUCGUGCACUUUUGAUAAAGCACUUCUCGAAAAAACGAUCUUCACACACAGUACCAUGUGUAAGGUCAGUUUUAAGUAUGUAAAACUCAUUGAUACUAAUUUUGCAAAUGCCACAGUUACAAAAGCUGAUUUUUCCGGAGCAGAAUUACCUAAUACCAAUUUUUCAAAUGCUUAUCUUAUGAGUGCCAACUUUACUGGCGCAAGACUAACUAAUACUGAUUUUACAAAUGCUACUUUAAUAUCUGCUAUGUUUAGGGAAACAUUAAUUAGCAACAGCACUUUUAUCUAUACACAUGCAUCAGAAACAUUUUUUACGGAUACUUUCAUGUUUAACAAUCACUUUGAAAGUGUUAGUUUUAGUCAUUGUUUCUUCCAUUGUUAUCGUCUCUGCUAUUAUCACAGCAUUAUUUUUAAUAAUUCUAUCAUCAGACGAGCCAAUUUUUUCCAUGUACAAAUGGGCAGCAGUACGAUCAUUAACAGUGAUUUAUCUUUAGGAGUUUUUACUGGUACUUCUUUUAAUGGUACUCGUUUUUUAAAUACAACAAUGCGCAAUUCAAAUUGUACCGAUAUUGAUUUAACUUCUGGUCAAUUCAUUGAUUCAUCUUUUGAUAAUACUAUUUUUACAAAUGCUACUGCUGAUUAUGCGACUUUUACUCGAUGCAAAAUGUCUUCUGUUGAUUUAACAGGAGCUCGGUUGCAAAAUACAUGGUUUUCAUAUACUAAUUUACAAAAUGCUAAUUUUAUUGAUGUCAAUGUUAAUGGAAUUAAUUUCUCUCACACUGAUCUUUUCAAUGCCAAAAUCAAUGAUAUACAAUUAUUGAAUGCUAUAUCAAUACGUGGAUCUCGACUUCCGAACGGAACUUAUAUUGAUCAAGAUUAUAAUCUUAUAACAAAUGGUUAUGCCGAUUGUAAUAUUCCUUUUGAAUCUUCAUGGAAUGUCGAUGAGAAUAAUAGUGUUGCUAUCAUUCGUUCAAAACAAGAUGAGAAUAACUGUGUAUUUGCACCUAACAAAGCAAUUGGACCUGUUCGCUUCUAUCAAAAGAUUUCUGACAAGUAUAAACAAGUAAGAUGGGAACUCAAUCCUGUAUUGGUGUUAAAUGCUCGAUUAGGUGGACAAAUGACAACUAUCACUCUUGGAUAUCCAGGACAUACAUAUACUAUGAGUUUGUAUUCUUUAUAUUAG